AUGAAGACUAGAGAUAAGGAGGCCAAACUCUACCACAAAAACAGUCCCAUAAAAUAUCRCAGACUAAUUUCUCCACCAGUCUGCGWGGAUGUSAAAUGCGAGGCUGGCUUGGAAUCAUUAAUUGUAAAUGGACUUUUUGGAAUCGCCGACGAAGAAAAUAAUGUUGAUUAUGCUAAAGUUCUUCCGGAAUUAAGUAAUGAUUUUAUUAUGGAGGUAGAAGAAGUAGUUGAAAUAAAAACCGAUAAACUUUGUAAUGAAAGUGAUCAACACUUUAUGAAAACGACCGAAGAAAAAAAUUUCAAUAGUAUUAAAGUUAAUAAAAACAGUGAUUGUGUUCAGACAGCUGAGAGUAAUURUUUUGGAAGUCAUAUGAUAUGGAUGCAAGGAACUUGUUUAAUGGAUUAG